AUUAUAGUAUAUAUUCCGAUAUGAGAUGAGUUUUAGUGUCAAAUUCCUACUCUUGUCGUGUAUUUGUGUAAAACUAUUUCACUCUCACAGCGUAUAAGAGCCCACAUAUUGCAAGCAUUCAGUCAUUUGGCGUUUUGGAGUCAUUCAAGGUUUUAGACGAUCAGAGACUGCAUUCAUUGCCUUCGCAUCUCUUCUCCCAUUUGGUCUCCCAUUUGGUCUCUCAUUGCAAUCCAUUCGUUGAUCUUAUAAUCGUCGUCUACCCAAACAUGAGUUCUGAAGCGUUCGUAACUUUGGUCACGAAUGACACCUACUCUAUGGGUGCUCUCGUGUUGGCCCACUCUCUCCGUGAAACCAAUACUCGGGCCCAACUCGUGGUCCUCAUCACUCCGGGGGUUACCGAUCACAUGAAGUAUUCACAACUACUCUUCCCAUCGGUUCCAAUCAUUCACUAA